AUGCCUACUUUACGCCGCCCUCACCGAAAGUCUCGUGGAGGAUGCAAGGAAUGUAAGCGCCGCAAGAUCAAGUGCGACGAGACGCGUCCAUCUUGUUUUAACUGUACGCGGUAUUCUGUACAGUGCAAUUAUGCAGCCGACAAGUCGAAGCAAGACGGUAUCUGGUCGCCCCCAGCACAAAGCUCUAAUUCGCCUCCAUUGGAUUUGUCGUCAGAGGGCUUUCAGCAGACAAGAGAUCAGUCCAGCCCUGGAUUCAGCCCUUUUGAUAGCCCGAGUAUUACACAGCUCGGCCAGUCCUGGGGACGAGAUCUUGAAUUGAUGCACCAUUACUGCACUGUCACUAGUAACACCAUGGCAUGUCAAGAAUCUGCGCGGCACGUGUGGAGGGUAGUAUUUCCCCAAAUGGGCUAUGUUCAUGAAUUCGUUAUGCAUGGUAUCCUAUCACUGGCUGCACUGCAUAAGGCUUAUCUGAUACCUGACAAACGCAACGUCUAUCUAACCCUAUCGUCCUUUCACCAUUCCAUUGGUCAGCAGACGUUCACAAGUUUACUCCCCGAUGUGAAUUGCUCCAACUGGCAGCCUGUCUUCUGUUUUGCGACGAUUAUCAUCGCUUAUGUCAUGACGCUCUCAACUCAGCCAAGUUGCCACUCACAGCCGGAAACAACGCCCAUAUCAAGAGUCUUGGAGCUGUUCUCUGUUACGAAAGGGAUUAGAAGCAUCUUGCUGCCAUUCAUUCCACAACUCAACGAUACACGACUGGCACCACUAGUGACCAGUGUUUGGCUGCUUUCAAUCGAUGGUGCUCUAGAUCCCAAGCCCUCCCUUGAGCAAUCGGUGCUUCCCGGUGACACUUUCAAUGCACUUUCCUGCCUUCGUCACGUUUUGUGCGAACACACUCCCGCCUAUAAGAAGGCAGACUACGAAAAAGCAGUUGCUACACUUGAAAUAUCAGCCGUUCAAACAGUUUGUGCUGAUGUAAAUGUCGAGGUCGGCGCCGUUCUAUUGUGGCCUUUCUUUCUCCCAGAUAGUAUUAUCGCCGACACUAGAGAGCGAAAGCCCCUCGCUUUGGUGAUACUGUCUUACUACGCAGUUUACAUUCACACGUUAGACAAAUCGUAUUGGUUUUUAAGAGACUGGGGUCGAAGACUGCUAAAUGAUAUUGAAAAGCAUAUUGGGGAUGCAGAGCUGUUUAGGGAGCUCUUGGAGUGGCCACGAAGACAUAUUGAUGGUAAAGCAUAG